ACGAAAUUAAAGCUGUUAUCGAGAUAAAUAAAGUAAAACACAAAUUACAAUGAAGAGAAACACUCAAUUAUUUGAUUUAUACUGGGAAGAUAUAUUAGUCUCCAAAGUGCUACCGCAUCUAACUAUACGAGAGUGUUUAAGUUUUCGAUGUGUUUCGAAAACAUGUUUGCAAAUUAUAAACAUGUAUUUUGCGAAGUUAAAAUCGUUAAAAUUAAUGAAUAAAGGCUUUUCACCGCACACAUUUAGGGUGUUUGCAACGACAUGCAGAAGACUAACCGUGCUGAAUCUGAGCCGAUGCGACACUAUUACUGAUGCAGACCUCAUCCCCAUGCUACUGCAAAAUUCCAACAUUACGAAUCUAAACCUCAGUCAGUGCAACAGCCUCUCUGCCAAGUCUUUACAACCUGUGAUAUUGUACUGUAACAAACUUCAAAUUCUGAAGCUAUCGAAAUGCUCGUGGCUCACGACCGGUGCUGUGGAGGCUCUCGCGUUACAUCAGUCGAAACUUGAGGAUGUUGACCUCUCAUACUGCAGCUCUAUAACGGAGAGCUGUAUACUGAUAUUCAUAAAAAAGUUCAGACAUUUAAAAACAUUCAGCUUAGAAGGAAAUAAACAAGUAACAGAUAAGAUUUUGUACGCUUUAUCCAAGUACAGUACUGAAUUGAAACUUCUUAAUCUAGGUGGCUGUGGUGAUAUUACCGAUAAAGGUGUCAAGGCUUUGGCUGUGCACAAUAAGAAUUUGGAAGGACUGAUGGUGAGAAGUUGCACGAAGGUGACUGAAAACAGUCUAAAGAUGCUAAGGGGCAGAGCUCACAUUGAUAGGAGAUCAGUUGAUCCCGGACCAAUACCUAUUUAUUUGCCGAUAUAGUUUAUAUUUUAAACAUUUUUAUUACUGGUGAUAGGACCUCUUGUUAGUCCGCACGGGUAGGUACCACCACCCUGCCUAUUUCUGCUGUGAA